AUGGAAAAAGUGCUCAAUCUGAAGCUGCCUUGGCGCACGUUGCAACCGCGUUUGUGCACCAUGAACGAACAGACCCGUCAAGUGGAAUACGAGACCACAUUUGAGAAACUCAAUGUUUCACACUCUGUGGCAAAUGCAUCUACCUCGGUGACAGAGGAGUUGUACAAAAAUCGUGAUAUCCUGGAGGGCAUAUUCCGCGCCAUUGAUAAAGACCACUCGGGUCACUUGUCCAUUGAAGAGUUUACCACUGCGUGUCUUCGACUCCCGAACCGAAACAAUCUAGACGAGAAGAGCAUAGCUGAUAUGGCUCNGUCGAUCGAUUUGAACAAGGAUGGUCAAAUUGAUUUCAACGAAUUUCUCGAGGCAUUCCGCCUGGUGGAAUCGGAUCACGAUCGGUUCAUUCAAGACGAAAGUUCGUCAGACUUACGAUCAGAGUAA